AUGUCGCGGCGUGUGUUUACUUCCGCGGUGCUGCUCCUAUUUGUCGUGAUGAUGUGCUGCGGCAGUGGUGAGGCUGCGCAAGCUGCUGGACCAUCGUCAGGUCAGGAAUCUUCACCGAGUCCAUCUUUUGCUUGGAGAGAUAAGGAAGAAGGAGAAACAGUGGAUUCGCUCCAUGUUCCAGUUCUUGUUGAGAUGGAUGGUGGCGUGUUUGCCGUUGCCGAGGCGCAGUUGAAGGAGGGAGGAAGCAAUUUUACUGGGAUUGCCUCGGAGCUCCUGGAGUGGACCGAUAAAGAAUCAAGAGAAUUGGAUACAACUAAACUGAAGACACAAGUACUGGAGGAAUGUCCUGCCGGAAAUAAGGGUUGUGCCUCCCAAACAGGAGAUCAGAAGGCUUCCCAAAGCCGGACAAAAGUGCGUGUCAGCCGGCCAACAACAGUUGUGAAUGGGAGUGAUAUUUACAUUUUCGCUGGAACCUACAGUUUUGAAGUUACUGAUAGGGCAGCUGGUAACACAGCUGCAGCAGCUAAAUGGGGACUUUUGGUGGCUGUGGGAAACGUCAGUAAUGAUGGGAGCAGCGGUAAAAAAAAAAUUUAUUGGAACGAUGCUUCCGUUAUCCCGUGGACUGAUUCUGAAAAACAACACAAAUCCUUGACACGGCUGAUUGGCAGCGGUGGAUCGGGUGUUCAGAUGAAGGACGGUACGAUUGUGUUUCCCGUGGAAGGCACGAAGAAUAAUGGGAAGACCGUUUCGCUGAUCAUAUACCCCUCAGACACUGCGAGUGGGAAGCUGUCGAAGGGGAUGUCUGCCGAUGGCUGCAGUGAUCCCUCCGUCGUGGAGCGGAAGGACGGAAAACUCAUGAUGAUGACUGCGUGUGAUGAUGGCCGCCGCAGGGUGUACGAGUCCGGUGACAAGGGGGAUUCGUGGACGGAGGCCCUCGGGACACUCUCGCGCGUGUGGGGCAACAACCAAAAGCGACAUGAGAAGGGCGUUGGAAGCGGGUUCAUCACAGCGAGUCUUGACAGUGUCGAUGAUAAGAGGAAUGUGAUUCUCGUUACUCUGCCGGUACAUUCCGAGAAUGGAGAAAAAGGCGUACUCCAUCUUUGGCUGACGGACAAUACGCACAUUGUUGAU